UACACUUCAUGGUAACUGUUCGCUGUAGCGGGAAGUGGACAUGCAUCUUCUUUCUCCGCUUGAUUUUUUAUUCUUUUACCGUGUAGAUGACGUGGAAAGGUCAAUGAAGAUCUCUCGGGUAAUCUAACAGCUUAUAAACUAAAAGUAGAAGGAUAAGAUUUACUCCAGAUGCCUCAAAACCCAACACGUUGCGUCCGAUUCCAAACGAACCUCUCAAGAAAAUAUCUUCCGUUGGAUUUUCUACUAGCUUCAUCUUUACAAUUUACUGAUGUUUAGGACGCUAAAAAGACUGUUACCAGGAAGAGGAAUGUUGGCAUUUAGAUACCGAGGAACUAUUAUACGAACUUCUGCAUUUAAGUUAUUGUUUUUGGCAGUCUUAACUAUAAGCAUGGUAAUGUUUAUGCGUCUACAAGGAUUGUUUUUGGCUAUGCCAGUGCAGAAUGAAGAUAAACAAUUUGGGAGUGUUUUGCCUAAACAGCACCCAAAACACCGUAUUAAUUAUAUCCCGUUGCCUACAGAUUUACUGAGUUCACCUCGAACCUCAGAGUUUACUACGAAUAAUUUUCUAGCAGCCAGAACUUCAAAAAAACACGUUGCUCUACCCACACCUAAUUUAAUUCUGCCUUCGUUAGGCGACAAGAAAGGCACUGAACCACCAAUUGACAUUGAAAAAGUCCGUAAAAUUAUACAAAAUAUAAACAGUCAAGAGAGAAUUCAAAAUUUCGAGAAAUUCCCAAGUCCAUUAAAUGAAAAUUCGAUGAUUAUAAUUAUUCAAGUUCACAAUAGACCAGAUUAUUUUUCGCAUCUUUUGAGGUCUUUGAGCGCUGUUUCUGGGAUACAGGAUGGCUUAUUGGUUAUCAGUCAUGAUUUUUACAGUGACUUUAUCAACUCUUUGGUGGACGCUAUUAAUUUUUGUAAGGUGUUGCAGAUAUUUUUUCCAUACUCUAUGCAGCUGUAUCCCCAUGAGUUUCCUGGAACAGAUCCCAAAGAUUGUCCAAGAGAUGCAACUAGAACAAGAGCCAAGGAAAUAGGGUGCAAUAAUGCCGACCACCCAGACAAGUAUGGUCACUAUAGAGAAGCAAAGUUUACUAUGACCAAACACCACUGGUGGUGGAAGGCCAAUAUGGUUUUUGAUGGAUUAAACAUCACCAAGAAUUACAAUGGACCUGUUGUAUUUCUGGAGGAAGAUCAUUAUGCUUCUCCAGACUUUUAUCAUGUAUUAAAGAAACUUUAUGAAACAAAAUUAAAGGACAGUAAUUGUGAUGGAGGAUGUGAUAUCCUUACUCUGGGUACAUAUACUUUGACUCCAAACUACAAAACUGCUGGAGAGAAUGUUGUUGAGCUCCAGAAAUGGCGUUCUGUUCGCCAUAACAUGGGGAUGGCUUUUGAUAGAAAUACAUGGGAAAGUAUCAAAGAUUGUAAGCAGUUAUUUUGUGCAUAUGAUGAUUAUAACUGGGACUGGACGUUAAUGAGGAUCAGUCAAACCUGCCUGAGAAAACCACUGAAGGCGCUCGUAAUGAAGACACCCAGGGUAUUUCAUAUUGGCGAAUGUGGCAUUCAUCACAAAAAGAAAGAAUGUAACCCAGACCAAACAGUCAGUAAGUUCAACAGCAUUAUCCAAGACAACGCGGACAGUUUUUUCCCAGCAUCGCUCAAAGUAGAACACAAAUUUGGCGAAGUAUCAAGCAGUCAGCCUAAUGGAGGGUGGGGCGACACGCGGGAUCAUGACUUGUGCUUGUCAUUUGUCAAGACGUGAUAAGCAAAACGUAUGGUUUAAGUCAGUAUAUUCUAUUACCAUCCGACCCUUAUAGCCUUAAUACACGGCCCAACGAUUCCAAUCGUUGUUUUUAGGAACGACUAUUUUUAGUAUUCUAUCUUUUUCGACAAAAGAAACGAUUAGUUAAAAAUGGUCAAUCAUUUUAACUUCGUGAGCUUUUGCAGUUGUCGAAAGCCCGAAUCGUAUACGACCAACUAGACGUCGAGUCAAAAAAGUGAAAUUGAGUUCCGUUUAACCAGUAGCCACCAAUGUCACGUCAGAAAAAAAAUGCAUGAUUUCUCCGCAAAAAUCAACUUCUAAAUUCCAAUUGGAAUCCAGUGGAAGAAGAGCCACUCUGUGGAAUCCAAUGUUUAUCCCAUUAUUUUAUUCUACUGCCGUCGCAAGUGAAAACCGGUAUUUAGUUUUAGGGAGGAUCAUAUAUGGCAAAUGAAUGGGACACCCGACAAAUGAUCAGAUAAAUUGUAAGGUACACCCAAUUUAUUUAUUUGUAUAAUUCAUAGGCACAUUCAAACCAUUAUUAUCUAUUCCUAUCACGUUAUGCAAAAUUUGCGAUGAUAAAUCUUGUCGGUUUAGCCCUCGUCGCUUGAAGGUCAGCGGUUGUGGCUAGGAGUAGAAAGCAAAUUUGAAGUCCUUUCUCCCUCGUUUUUCUCUCGUAACCUACCCCUCGCAACAACCACUGUAUAAUCUAAUGGAGCGAUUAUUCGUAUCAUUUACGUACCCGCACCCUACUUAUUUCACAGCCAUUGAUUCAGCCGCGUUGAAUUCCCGCGGCAUUCAGAGAGCAGAAAUCUCUUGAUUUGUGAAAAUCGAUCAAAUCAAGACAAUCACAUUCAAGUAGCCAAUACAAGGAUCAUACGAAGACUAGCAAUUAUACUUAAGCUUGUAACUAUUUUUGAUAGGCAGGUGAAUUUAUAAAUUUAAAAAAUAGCGCUUAUAGAAUAAAUUUAGUGUAUACGAUACGACACUUUUGUAAAAUAGGUCAUUCAUUGAGGUUUAUCGUUUCGUGUGGUCUAAAGAUGGAUAAGGUUUGAGGGAAAUGUUGGCCUUGACGUUCUUCCCAAUCCCCACCGAUGUUUUUAGGAUAACAGAGAGAACGAUAAAGAAAAGACUCCGGGUGUCAGAUGUCCGCUUUAUCCCGUACCACCUAUGGGCGUGGAGACCAUCUCACCGUUCGUCUAGCGUCGGUGGAAAGGCACAGCUACCUUUCAAGACGGCGCAGAAAACUGUGAAAGGGAAUUUUAAACACGUACACUUCCUUUUUAUUGGAUAACGAGAUGAAAGAAAAUAAUUAUCAGAAAUGUUUGUAUAAAUGUUUGCGCCCGAUUUACUUUAUUUUCAUGUUCUCGUUAUUUACAAGUAUGUUUUUUUAGUCCAGUUAAUAAAGAAAAUACAUGAGAGCG